AUGUGGCCAACUCGCGUAUUAUCGCGUAGUGUACGUCGAACAUAUAUGGAAUUAGACUUUGCUAAACACGUGCCAAAAGAAUAUGUGGGAAAAGUGAAGCGUACAGUUCCUAAAAAAGUUUAUACCAAUCGAUACGGUGCACCUGAUAUUGUGCGUUGGACGUUGCAUCCCGAUGAUUACGUACCAUCCGAUGGACGCCCAUGGGAAUUAGAAACAUUUGAGAAAAACGUACAACGAGCACGUGAAUAUCACCAACACAAAUUAAUGCAUAAAUUCUUUGAGCUAAGACAUGAAAAAAAGGUGGCCAUUCCAGCGGAAGAAUGGACAAUAUUUCCGGGUGAUUUGGUGCAGGUGAUGAUUGGAAAGGACAAAGGCAAAACGGGAGUUGUAUCACGUGUUAAUAAGGAAACCAAUGCUAUAUUUGUGAAAGGACGACAUACCAAACUUAUCAACGAUUCCGAAAACUUCAGUGACAUGGAUCCUCUUUAUCGACAAAUUGAGCAACCUUUAUAUGUUCAUAAGGGACAAGUGAAGCUAAUCGACCCAAGUGAUAAUGAACCUUGCGAAGCAGCCUGGGUGUUAAAUGAGGAAGGGAAUGAGUAUAUCAGGAUCAGCAAGAAGUCCAAAUUCCAGAUUCCAGUGCCACAAUUGGCUCAAGUUACUUCAGAAUACCUGAGUCCCGAUCGAUAUGUUGAAGUGGAAGGUAAGGAUACACCUGCAGAAAUUGUCCUGGAAAAAACCUACAAACCUGUACUCAAAUCAUUUGAGGAAGAAAUUGCAGAUGCAAUGGGUAUUCAAGAUAAGCGUAAAUUGCAACCAUCAUAUUGGUAUUGA